AUGCCUGGUAUCCUGCCCAUGAAAGUGAUCAAGGUCGGUGGCACCGGCACCUCAAGUCGAAUCGCCCAAGCCUGUGACCGAUGCCGAAGCAAGAAAAUCCGCUGCGAUGGCGUUCGUCCCUGCUGUACACAAUGCGCCAACGUCGGUUUCGAAUGUCGAACGAGCGAUAAAUUGAGCCGCAGGGCUUUCCCUCGUGGUUACACCGAGUCUCUCGAGGAGCGUGUGCGAGCUCUCGAAACAGAAGUCAAGGAUUUGAAGGAUUUGCUGGAUGAAAAGGACGAGAAGAUCGACGUGCUGUCCAGGAUACAUUCCUUUUCGCCUCCGUCACAGAGAGCUGCCUCGGCUCGCUCGCCGACAGCGUCAGCAUCAGCAUCAGCGCCCACGCCGAAUAAAUCCCCUAGCUCGGAUGCCUCGGAGGGAGUUGUUCAUGUCGCACGGACUACUGCACACCCAUCUCCCGAGAAUCCCUCUACGGCCCUUUCUAGUACCCAUGGCUUUGCUGAUGUAUUUACCAAUAAACUUGUCAGCCAAGAGAAGGCGACAUCCAAGAUUCCCACUCAGACACUAACGAAACUGUCGCCUCCGGUAUCUCGGGGAUCUUCGGGAGCCGUCAGAACUCCCCCGCGGCUAUUGUCCGAUCAGCUCAUCAAUAUUUUCUUCCAAGAAUGGGCACCGCUUUACCCAGUGGUGCACAGACCGACUAUCCUUAAGGCAUAUGAGCAAUAUCUGAAUAAACCCGACUCUUUGAAACAAGAUUUGCCUGGCUUGGCUCAGUUAAAUCUGAUUUUCGGAAUCGCGAAUCUCUCGUCCAAUUCGAGAACCACUCAAGACCCCAUUUUCUUCGAAGAGAACUGGACUAGUACCCUCGAUACGUUCAUGGGCGAAUCAUCUAUUGGUGCCCUGCAGUGUUUUGUCCUGGCUCAAAUGUAUUGCAUGACAAAGGGUGACUAUAAGAGUCUCCUUCGCUAUCGUGCUUUGGCUGUGGACAUUUGCCAUCAGCUGGGGCUGUACGAGUCCCAGCUGAAUGUGACAUCAAACCGACUUGAAACAGAAACUCGGAAGAAGGUGUUUUGGUGCCAAUAUGUCUUGGACCGAUUUUCUUCUGCCUUGACUGGCAUGCCCAUCCUAUUGCGCGAGUCUGAUAUCCAGACCGAAUACCCCGUCGAUGUGGAUGAUGAGAAUGUCACAGAAUCUGGAUUCCUGCCAACCCUCCCUGGCGAAUCUACUCGCCUCUCGAGCGCUCUAGCGCUUUUUAAUGUGUCGCGUAUUCUCACAAAAGCCUUGGAAGACCUUUAUCCAUCACGAUCUAGCUACGACAUGUAUAUGUCGAAGAUGCGCGCUGUGUCAGGACAGCUGGACGAGUGGCUCAAAAUGCUGCCUGCCCAUCUCCGCCUCGAGUUCUCUCAAGAUAAGCCUAGCACCAACGUCACAAGCAGCAGGUCUCCUCUAUUGUCGCUCGUUUACUAUUUUAUCCGAUCGUUGAUCCACCGCCCUGCUGUGUGCUUCGCGGAGGAGAACUUGCGCUCCCCAUCAAUUUUGGCCAUGUCCGAUUCUUCGAAGCAUAUCAUCCAAAUUCUGCAGUUACUGGAUGAGCGACGACUUUGUCUCUCUGUCAGCAUCAACCGGAAGGAAUUGGUGUUCCUUUCGGGACUAGGACUGCUAUGGCAAACACUCAGCCUGAAACGGGACAGCAAACUGUUGAAAGACAGCCAGAAGCUGCUCGCUAAUGUCGUAGAGCAACUCGAGCAGGAAUCGCCUGUGGCAGCCUCUGAGUUUACUUCGCUUGCCAGUACCUUGGUCUUCCUCGACACGAAAGCGCGAGGAGUCGCGCAACCUGGCAAGGCUUCCCAAGAAAUGGUGGCGCCGACUCAAAAGCCAUCCAGGUCACCGAAAAGGCAACUCCAGUAUUUGAAGUCUCGUCUCACGUCGAACGUCAAUCGUGAGGAAUCUCCCAAGCAGGCUGCAUCUCGUCGAAACACUAUUUCCGGUGCUAGCCCUCCGCUUGGGGCCCAAGCCCUUCGAUCUCCGAGCUGGACCAGUCUCCCUCCUCAACAAGAUCAGUUCUCUUCGUCUCAAUACCCCAUCGAGCACGGACGUGCCUCUCUAGAUCUUGGAUCGGACCCUCGCCUCACAUCCUCGACUUUGGGUUAUGAUUACCAACGGGCGAUGUCGACUUCAACCGCAUCGGAUGUUACUAGUGGCACGAAUGGUGCCAUCACCAUGGCGGAUUGGGAAUACGUGCUGAGCGAUAUGGAUCGCGGAUAUUCCAAUAUUUUCACCGGUAUCUACGGAGGAAGAGAAUGCGGCGAAGACCCGGGCCCAUUCGCCUCAAUCACGGCAGAGUACGCGCAAAAACAAAAUGACAGUACCCUGUCGAUCCCCCAGCCAGUGACGGAUGUGCAUGACCUGUCUCCUAAGGCAUGGUCUUCGAGCAGCGGCGAUUUCGCCCCGUGUCAAGACCAUGUUGCGCAGAGUGUUUUGAGCUACUCUGGUGAGAGCAUGGGAAGUGCCGAGGAUGCAAAUCUACAUCACUUUGGCGAUGCUCCGGCACAUCCGGAUGAUCUUGGUCUGAUUGACCCCUUCCAGGCUAUUGCCAUGCCGGUCGAGGGCGAACUUGAUGAAUUUUCUUUAGUCAAUGGCUGGGAUCGACGGCUGGCCGUCUGA